UGCGCUCUCCUGCUAACCAACAGCGGUAGUGACGACAAAAAUGGCGUGCUCCGCUAGCCGGCUGACAACACGCUUGCUGCGAGCUUCUGUUUCGCCUUUCUCCGGGCGCCUCCUCGUUGCCCCAAGCAGACACGGAAAGGCUCUCCACCCGGCAGUCUUGCGCCCUGACCGGGGACGGAUAGCGGUCGGCUUGAGCUCCUGGGCUCCCCGUAGCGUGGUGACAUUGAGGGCUCUGUCAGGAGUGAAAUGCCCCCAUGGCGUCACCUGCCACCCCUUCCACUCCAGCUGCAGACUCCCAAACAAACAGGACUUCUAUGAGACCUUGGGCGUCGCUCGCACUGCUUCGCAGAAAGAGAUCAAGAAGGCUUACUAUCAGUUGGCUAAAAAGUACCAUCCAGACACAAACCCAGAUGACCCAGAGGCAAAAGAGAAGUUUGCAAAGCUGGCUGAAGCCUAUGAGGUGCUGAGCGAUGAGGUGAAGAGGAAACAGUACGAUACGUACGGGGCUGCGGCCUUCGACCCGAACCGAACUGGAGCGGGCCAGCAGCAGUACUACCGAGCGGGGGGGGCCACCAUAGACCCCGAAGAGCUCUUUAGGAAGAUUUUUGGAGAGUUUACGGGGGGCAUGGGCUUUGGAGACUUCAGCAACAUGUUCGACCAGCGGCCUGAGUAUGUGAUGGACCUCACGUUUUCCGAGGCAGCGAAGGGGGCGAGCAAGCAGCUGAGCGUGAACCUCGACGAGGACUGCCCCCGAUGUGGCGGCAGGGGCAACGAGCCGGGCACCCGGGUGUCUCAGUGCGGCUACUGCAGCGGCUCCGGAGUGGAGUCGGUCAACACUGGACCCUUCAUGAUGCGCAGCACGUGUCGAAGGUGCGGCGGGAAGGGGACCAUCAUCAUCACGCCAUGCGCGCUGUGUCGAGGGUCGGGCCAAACCAAGAGGAAACAGAGCGUGACGGUGCCGGUGCCGGCAGGUGUGGAAAAUGGCCAAACAGUGCGCUUGGCUGUUGGGUCAAAAGAAAUCCUUAUUACAUUUAGAGUCCAGAAAAGCUCGGUAUUUAGACGGAAUGGAGCCGACAUCCACUCUGACGCUUUCAUCUCCAUAGCCCAGGCCGUCCUGGGAGGAACAGCCACAACACCGGGCCUGCAUGACACCAUCAGUAUAGCAAUCCCUUCUGGCUGUCAGGCUGAUCAGGUGAUCCGCUUACAGGGCAAAGGCAUUCGGAGGAUGAACAGCUACAGUUAUGGAGAUCAUUACGUUCACAUCAAAAUUAAAGUACCAACGAAGUUAUCUCGACGGCAGCGGUCUUUGUUGCUAAGCUACGCAGAGGAGGAGACGGAUGUUCAGGGGUCGGUCAACGGCGUCAACCCUUCAGCAGGAGGGGGCAGCAGCGCCUCAGACUCCAGCACAAAGUCGACAUCAUCUGAGGAGGAGACGCAGGACAAACAGAAGGAGGAAGGAGGCUUCUUUUCCAAGCUAAAGAAAAUGUUUAGCUAACACUCAGCUGCAGAAACCAUGAAGGAAGAAAACAAACCUACUUCUACUGGCUGGACCUCCAUGUCACUUUCUGGGGAGAUUAAGCAAAGGAAAAGCUAGCUCAUGCUCACGGCGUUUGUUGCCGUAGACACACAUGCUGGUAUAUAUUUAAAGCCGAGGUUGGAGAACCAGCAGGGUUCACCCACACACCCACUACCCCUUCACUACAGGCAGAGAGGGUGGCUGAGGAACUCAAGAUAUGGUGAAACAAAGCAGACAGCAGACUGUUGAAUCAGUGAAUCACUGAAUCAGUGAAUCAGUCGGUGAUGAAACGUCUAUAAACUGUUUUAUAGAUGGAAACAGUUUAUUACAACCAGAUAAAACUCAACGAGCAAAGAAGGCAAUAACUGAUGGAAGCUGGAUAAGAAUAAACCAUGUAAAUGGAUUCCAA